AUGUGCAAUUUUCAACAGCUUUUCUUCCUUUUUUUAUUAAAUUCUUUGUUAACAGGCACUUUCGUUGAGGGGAAGGAUUCACCUCAUGGACAAGAUGGUUGCAGGUUUGAAGACCAGAACUUUCAGACGGAAUUUCUUUUGAAUGUCAUCAAAGAAAACAAGCUGGAAAACUUGAGAGAAGAAUAUGAACAAUACAAAAAACAGAGUACUUUGUAUACAGGGUUUGUAAUUGAAAAACAAUACGAGUACCAAGUGGCUCCCUUCCGAAUCAACAACUUUCUUAAGGUAACAUUUUGUAAAGGAGGUAAACGAGUUUGGUAUGAAACCCUUCCUUCCCAAGAAGAUUUGGAUUGGACUGAACCGCUAUGCGUUCCGCCUGUAGAAAACGACGCUAUGUCUCAGAAUCGUUCUACAUGCUUCAAGUUUGCACGGGUACAGAAAUACACGCAAAGAAACGUUACACUCUAUUUCCCCAAUAAACUCGUUGGGUUUCUAUUCGUUUGCAAUUCUUCAGAGGAGUCCUCUUCAACUAAGGAACCUUAUGAAACCAUCCCAUUAACGCCUAUCAUAUCUGAUAAUAUUAGAGACUACAAAACCUCUUGGACAUCGAAAGGUACAGUUACCAAAGUUGUUCCUUAUUUACAUACUUUGAGCAUUCCUAUGGCCAAGUAUGAGACGCUUGUUGCCCCAGAUAACUGUCAGCCCGACGAAUUGGAAAAUAAAUCAUUGAACUCAGAAUUUUUGAGAGGCUAUAAAAGUUUGGGUAAGUUUAGGAACAAAGGAAUAUCUUGGCUAAAUGAAAUAGACCCUAUGGAAAAAUAUGAGAGUCUUGAUAGCGAAAAUGUCGGAAAUUUUCGUGAAAAGCUUGAUAAGGCAUUAAAUAAAAUUGGACAAAAAAUUGAGAAGCCUCAUGCCGCGUUGAUGAGGGCAAUAAAUGGACGUAGUGGAGAUCCUAAUAACAGAGGCAUGACGAGAAGAAAAUAUUUGAAGAAAAAGAUCUCAAAAAUGCUAAGAAACAAAAUACCUUUGAAAAGUUGA